UAUUUUUUGGCGCCUGCAGGCUUCCGUAGUCCACAGAUGGCGCUAGAGACGCAUAAGCUUAGAUUCAUGAUAUGCCCUCACUGGUGAUAUAAAAUAACGACGUUUUUGUUUUGCCACGGUGGAAAUCGGACAGACGACAUCCUAAAUUGGUUAAAUUUCGCAUUCGUUUAUGAUUGGAGAAGAGUGAUAUUUCCUUUAUUUUGUGUGCUGUUGUGUGUGCUCCAUCAUGGCUGUGGUCAUCCGAUUACAGGGGCUCAGAAUCACGGCUGGUUCUGAGGACAUUCGCAAUUUCUUCACUGGGCUCAGAAUCCCCGAUGGUGGGGUUCAUAUUAUUGGUGGGGACCUUGAGGAAGCUUUCAUAAUAUUUGCAUCCGAUGAAGAUGCGAGACGAGCCAUGACGCGCUCGGGGGGCUGCAUAAAGGGCUCACCUGUUAACUUGCUUCUGAGUAGCAAGACAGAAAUGCAGAAUCUUCUCGAAGAAAGCACUAGACGGUCUGAGUUAAAAGGCAGGGGUAUCAAAAGACCUGUGGAAACGGGUCCUCAGCAGUUCAAUAAAGACCCGAGACCAGAUGUGCGAAGGGUAGAUCAUCAGGAGUUGAGAAAAAGACCGUCUCCGUCUUCAUUCGGUGAACCGCGAGGCAAGCGAGAAGGGUCUGUGUCUAUCAAGGAUGAUGUUUAUCUGAAGUUGACCGGGAUGCCCUUCUCGGCGACGAAGGUAGACGUUCGUACCUUUUUUGAUGGGUUGCAACUCGAUGAUAUUCUCUUUCUGAGGAACAACCGUGGAACAUUUAACGGACAGGCUCUCGUCAGAUUUGUCACCGUAGAGGACACCAUCGCAGGUCUGAAGAGGGAUCGACAAUACAUCGGACCGCGGUAUAUACAAGUAUCGAGAUGCACAGAGGAGCAGUGGCUGCAAUCAGGGGGCGUUGUUAGACUAGAACCCCGAAAGAGAAAGUCCGUAGAUCGUACGAGAUCUCAGUCUCCUGUUUCCUACCGGUCACGGUCUCGUUCCCCCUCCCGUGAAGAAUACUGUGUUUUGUUUGAAAACUUGACGUAUGGAAUUGAAAAGCGAGAUUUGAGGGCGUUACUUAAUCCGCUGUCUUUGAAGGAUGACCAAAUUAUUAUCUUUGCGCAAAAGCAGGACGAUAGAACCAAAUCGGCCAUUGUAGUGUUUAGAAAUCUUACCGAUUAUUGUGCUGGCUUGGCUCAUCAUAAGGAAAUUUUGCAGACUCGGGUUGUUUACGUGUCGCCUGUCUCCAAGGAAAAAAUGGUAGCCAUGUUGGAAUCUUCUGUUGAUGUGGACAAGGACACCAGAGGGCAGAGGCGGUCGGCUGAAAUGCCCCAAUCUUCAAGAAGGGCUCCAGAUUCAGAGAUGAGGUGUGUCUACGUGCGCAAUCUGCCCUUUGAUGUUCGGAAAGUGGAGAUUAUGGACUUCUUCCAUGGAUUUGCGCUCUCGGAGGAUAAGGUUAUUUUAUUGCGUGAUGAAAGAGGAGCUGGGCUUGGUGAGGCUUUGGUGAUCUUUCAGUCUGAGAAGGAGGCUGCAAUGGCUCAGUCCCUAAAUGGACAGGGGUUUCUUGGAUCAGAAGUCAUGCUAAAGUGCAUUACAUUGGCCCAAAUGCGUGAAUUUGGUUUGAACGACCAAUCGGUGAUCAACUCGCAGGUGCAGAACUUUCAGAGACCAGAAGAAGUUUUCAAUGAUGGUCCAGGGUUUUCUAAUGCCCAGAUGCGCCCUGAUGAUUGUAAUAUGCAGCCCAGUUUUGGAGGUGACUCCUUUGAGCCUAAUUUUCAGCGUAAUAAUGCAUUUAGAGCGGGACCGGAGGGUAACGGCAAUCGCCGUUACGGAUCACCUGACCAACAGUUUGAUGGACCAACGUGUAUUAAAUUGCUCAAUUUACCCUCCCAGAUAAGGAUCGAUGAGAUUUAUGACUUCUGCUAUGGAUACAGAGUGAUUCCAGGAUCUGCCUCAUUGCUAUAUGAUAGAAAUGGAGCUCCCAGGCGUUGUGCCACAGUAUUGUUCGAAACCCACAGAGAAGCACUCACCGCUCUUCAAGAAUUAAAUGGGAGACCGAUUGGCACAAGGAAGAUUCAGGUCGUGUUUGUGUAAAUAUGCAUGUAGAAUAUAGGAUCAAAAGAUUUGGUGCAAUUUGUUCUUGUUGUCUCAACAUAAAUACAAAUUUUGUGUUUUUUAAGGCUUGUGCAAGUAGACCUGUUUUUUUGUCAUUUUUUUCUUUCUGAAUUUUUCAGAAUUCUGAAUUUGAAUUUCCAGAUAAAAUUUCUUUACUGUAGAUGAAUACUAUCUGUUGUAAGUAAUUCUUAAAAUACAUUUGGUUUCAAAUAUUCUGCUCUUUAAUUGGUGUAGGUCAAAUACAGGAUUGUAUCUGUAUUAUUUAUACUGUUUAAUAUUAGUUUCCAAGCUACCAUUUUGUUUCAGUUUUCAAGUCAGUAAUAUUGAGUGUUCUGAAAAAAAAGGUUUAAAAUGUUUUUGUUAACAUCCCUGUGUAAUAAAAAUGUGAAGGAUGUUUAUUAAGCCACUGAUAAAAAGUGCGUUAAAGAAA